AUGGCAUCGACAGCAACAGUAUCAGGCCGCCAACGCGCUCUUGGUCUUUACCGAUCCAUACUGCGAGCCCACAAGCGAUGUCUCCCUCCCGAAAUGAAGCAACUGGGAGAUACCUACGUCCAAUCGGAAUUCAAAUUGCACAAGACGGCCAAACCAGAGCAUCUCACGGCAUUUUUCCGAGAAUGGGAAAGCUACGUAGAAGAACUAUUGAAGACGGCACGGACCCGUGAUUUGAGCUCCAUGGUCGAUCCUGUCGCGCAAACGACGCAAGCCGCGAGUUUUGGAAGAGAUUUACCCAAAGAUAUGCAACUACAGGAAGAACAGAGAGCUCAACUGGAAUUGUUGAGACGGGAAGCCGAGAAACUUGGAAACACUGACAAAUAA